CAGUAGCCAAUAUGGCUUCGAAACUGUCAGUUAGUUUUAGAUUUCCUUCGGUAGCCCCAUUUCAAAAAUUGUCAAUUUUGCCAAAUUAUAACGAACAAAAAAUUUUCAAAUACACUCCAUUGACGAGACUCCCCCCUCCACCAAAUCAAAAUCCAGCCCAGCCAGGUGCCGACUGAUAAAGUGCUCGAGGCAUGAGUCGAUCUAUUGUAUAGGACGAAAUUAGUUGAUGCUCCUAAAUCGACGGACCAAAUUAGGCGGACCUCCAGUUUUAGUCAAUUAACUUUCCUGUGGAUUACCUAGUAAUCUGGACAAACAGAAAUUUGAUAAAACUAGAAGAGUUUGCAACGGCGGCGAUGGGGAAGGACUUUUACAAGAUUCUAGGGAUCGGACGCGGGGCCAGUGACGAUGAGGUGAAGAAGGCGUACCGGAGGCUGGCGCUCCGCUUCCAUCCGGACAAGAACAAGCACAGCCAGGCGGAGGAGCGCUUCAAGGAGGUGGCCGAGGCGUAUGAGGUCCUCUCCGACAAGAAGAAACGCGACCUGUACGACAAGUACGGAGAAGAGGGACUUCGGCACGGAUGCUCGGACCAUCACAGUCAUCACAGCGGAGGGCAGAGCAGCGGCGGCAGUGGUCUGGGCAGCGGACAGGGAAGCUACAGCUACCAGUUCCACGGGGAUCCACGGGCUACUUUUGCCCAGUUUUUCGGUUCCAGUGAUCCGUUCACCAUGUUCUUCGACGAGAUGGAGCAUUUCUUCAUGCCCGACGAGGACUUUGCGCUGGGUCGCGGUCACGGUGGUUCCGGACGUAUGCAACAGGAUCCCCCCAUCGAGCACGAGCUGCAUAUUGGCCUGGAGGACAUUGCCAACGGGUGUACGAAGCGCAUGAAGAUAUCCCGGCUCUCGAUCUCGCCCAGCGGCGUGGCCCGCAAGGAGGACAAGGUGCUCAACAUAGAUGUACGACCCGGCUGGAAGUCAGGAACCAAGAUCACAUUCCGCAAGGAGGGCGACCAAUUGCCGAACCGUGUACCCGCCGACAUCGUCUUCAUCAUCCGGGACAAGCCGCAUCCGGUCUUCCGGCGCGACGGCAGCGACCUUCACUACACCGCUCAGAUCUCUCUCAAGCAGGCCCUGUGCGGCGUCCAGCUGCAGGUGCCGACUCUCCAGGGCGAGCCACUGGGCUUCAAUACUCAGGGCGAGAUCAUAAAGCCGAACUCGACGCGCCGUUUCCUCGGUAAGGGCCUGCCCUGUCCAAAGGAGCCAUCGCGCCGCGGUGCCAUUGUCCUCAGCUUCUCGAUCAAGUUCCCGGAGAGCCUCUCCAAGGCACUCACCGCCUCCCUGGCCAGCAUGCUGCCGAACUAAGGCGGUCCAAAGCCACUUAUCCGAACACAAACACACACCAAUGGCAGUUAAAGUAUAGUCGAAUCUUAUGGAGAA